AUGCCUUCUCUCAGUGAUCAGAUGACCUAUGGCCCCCUAGGGAGCUACAACCCCACCGAAAAUGAUCUAGAUGCCAGCAAGAUCAUGACUCAUAUUCUGGAUAAGGCUUGCAGCUCUUCACAAGCUCAAUCAGAAGCUACGCGGUCCUCUCUACAGAGCGCUCUGAUCGAAGGUCCCACUCGUACUACCACCUUCUGCAACGCAGACGAAGAAUUCUGCCUAGUCGUUCACGAAGACAAAGAGUAUCAUGGGGUAAAACGCCACGACUACAAUCGGGCCAUCCUGACGGGGUCCCUGGGAGUCGAAGUUGGACCCAAAGAGUAUCUCGCCUUCAACGCUCUGCGUGCUAGCAUCGAAAAGCAAGUUGACGCCGCUCUGGAAAAUCUCGGAAACCAUUUCCUGAACGAGGACAGAGUUGAUUCAAAGGCCUGGGUCGUAUUUCACCAAGAGUCCAAAGCGAUUGAAGCGGCUAUCGAUGAAGACCGAACGGUUACUGGCGGCUGGAAGGAAAUAGCUAAGAAGCAUAUAGAGGAUGUAGCUUACAACCGACUCGAGAAUGGUGCUGGCAGUUUCGUCCAAUCGAUACUCGAAGCUCAUGAAGAGAAAAUCCAGGAGAAAUUCACCGACAUCAAUCGACCCUACGGUCAUAUGAAACACGAUUUCGCUAGCCUGAUCGUUAUGAGGGCCACUCGUGUAGUCGUGUAUUCGCUCAUUAUGGGACAGGCUGCUGUUGUGAAUGCGCGUGUGGGUACAACUCAGCAGGCGAGGUUGAGAUUCAAUGAGUACUUAACGCACAUAUACUGGACGUACUGUGCUUCUCCGGAAGGAUACAGGAAGCAAGGCUCGAGGGAAGUCUGUGGAGCUACGUGGCGAGACGCCCUCCCACACGAAUUUGCAGUCUGGAUAGAUGCGCCGACUGUUACCAGCGCUUCAAGUCUUCAAGACGUUGCUAUCCUAAUUACUCAAAUGCAAUAA